AUGACAGACAGAUCCGAAGACAAUUCAUCAAGCAGGCGCGGUGGUAAAAUCGUUCCUUCCAUUGACCCUAGAGAUGAUUUGAUAUUAGCAAAAAAGAAUUUCAAGUUAUAUGUAGGAAAUUUAAGAUAUAAUCUUUCGGAAGAGGACAUUAGACAAGUUUUUGCCCCAUAUGGAAAAGUUGUAUCUGUUAUCAUUCCACUUCAGCGUUCCGGUGUACGUCCAGGUUUCGCUUAUAUUCUCAUGGCAAAAGAAUCAGAAGGCAGAGCUGCAAUUGAAGCAUUAAAUGGAUUAGAAUUUAGAGGACGUCAACUUAAGGUUGAAGAAUUUAAAGAAGCUUCAGAGCGUCCCCCUCGUAGAGAUGAUUAUAGGCAAUCAAAUGGACAAUUUGAUGGCCAGCCUAGACUGGAAGAUGACAGAAAUUUAGAUCACUAG